AUGAAAUAUUGGAUGAGAUCAUUAGAUGACACAAGAAAGAGAACAAAAUUUGGGAACUUUCAAGAAUUAAAAGAAAAAGUGGGGUCAUAAAGCAAUAACGAAGAAAACAGUUUCUACGCCCUAGAAGCUUUGAACAAACAACAAUAACAAAAGCUUCACACGUUCAUUCUUUCAGUUUCUUCUUCCUCCAAACCAUUCAUUCAAUCACAAAAAUCCCCAAAUCAAAAUCAAACCCUAAUUUCAUUCUUUCUUUUCCCUCUCAUUUUCUUUCCCACUUUCCAUCAAUUUUUCCUCUCAAAAUUAUAUCUUUCUCUAGAUCUGUACAAAAAUUCACACAUUUUACCUCUAAUUUUUUUCCUUUUUUCUCACAAGGAAAGAAAAUUAAAACCUACCUUUCGUAUUUCUUUCUGUACGAUAUAAAUACACCGAACCCUAAUUCAGAUUUUCUUCUCACAGGUUAUUUAGUUCCGCCGCAUUUUUGUAUAUUGGAAUUUUUUCGAUUUUUUUUUCGUUGUUGUUGAUUUUCUAGGUUUUAGAUUUAGGGUUUUUGAAUCGGUGUGAUGAUGAACAAUAACAAUAGAGCGAGAUAUCCACCACCUGGGAUUGGUCCUGGACGUGGUGGUUCGAAUCCCAACGUGAAUCUGAACCAAAACCCAAACCAGAGCCCUAAUUUGAACCAUCAGUUUCAGCAAAGAGCACCUUAUAAUCACCAUAACCAGCAACAACAGAACCAACAACAACAGAAUCAGUUCCAGCAGCAGCAGCAACAAUUCUAUGCGCAGAGACAAAGGCAGCAGCAACAGCAGCAGCAGCAACAACAACAACAACAACAACAGUGGCUGAGAAGGGCGCAGUUGGGUGGUUCAGAAUCGAAUGCUGUUGCCGAUGAAGUCGAGAAGACCGUGCAAUCGGAAGCCAUUGACUCGAGUUCUCAAGACUGGAAGGCAAGACUAAAGAUUCCGCCAGCUGAUACACGUUAUAGGACAGAGGAUGUGACAGCAACUAAAGGAAAUGAAUUUGAAGAUUACUUUUUGAAACGUGAGCUGCUCAUGGGAAUAUAUGAGAAGGGUUUUGAAAGACCUUCCCCUAUCCAAGAAGAAAGCAUUCCAAUUGCUCUCACCGGCAGUGACAUUCUUGCCAGGGCAAAAAAUGGAACUGGCAAAACAGCUGCAUUUUGCAUUCCUGCAUUGGAAAAAAUUGAUCAGGAUAAUAAUGUUAUUCAAGUUGUUAUCUUGGUCCCAACACGAGAAUUGGCUUUGCAAACAUCUCAAGUGUGUAAAGAGCUUGGAAAACAUCUGAAAAUCCAAGUUAUGGUUACAACAGGCGGUACCAGUCUAAAAGAUGACAUAAUGCGUUUAUAUCAACCGGUUCAUCUACUGGUUGGAACCCCAGGAAGGAUAUUAGAUCUUGCGAAGAAGGGUGUUUGCGUUCUUAAGGAUUGCUCCAUGCUUGUCAUGGAUGAGGCUGAUAAGCUGCUCUCUCCAGAGUUCCAGCCCUCAAUUCAACAGCUGAUUAAUUUUCUCCCUACAAACCGUCAAAUCCUGAUGUUUUCAGCAACAUUUCCUGUUACUGUGAAGGACUUCAAAGAUAGGUUUCUUCAUAAACCAUAUGUCAUUAACCUUAUGGAUGAGCUCACUCUGAAGGGUAUUACACAAUUUUAUGCAUUUGUGGAAGAGAGACAGAAAGUCCACUGCUUAAAUACUCUAUUUUCGAAGCUGCAAAUAAACCAGUCAAUUAUCUUUUGCAAUUCAGUGAAUCGGGUUGAACUUCUUGCCAAGAAAAUCACUGAACUUGGGUAUUCAUGCUUCUAUAUUCACGCAAAGAUGUUGCAAGACCACCGUAAUAGAGUAUUUCAUGAUUUCCGCAAUGGUGCAUGCCGAAAUCUUGUCUGUACUGAUCUUUUUACUAGGGGAAUAGACAUCCAAGCAGUUAAUGUUGUUAUUAACUUCGAUUUUCCCAAGAACUCAGAAACUUAUUUGCACAGGGUUGGUCGUUCAGGGAGGUUUGGCCACCUUGGUUUAGCAGUGAACUUGAUCACUUAUGAGGACCGCUUUAAUUUAUAUAGGAUUGAACAAGAACUUGGCACUGAAAUAAAGCAAAUUCCGCCACACAUUGAUCAAGCAUUUUAUUGUCGGUGACAGUGGUAGUUACAAGGGUUGUUUUUACAGAUUUGAGGAAUAGCUAAGGUUAAUGUGAUCGUCACUCAAGCAGGUGCAUAUGCCCUGACAUAAGAAGAGAAUUAUGGAAUUUGGAGUGUUGUUGGACCCUUUUUAAGUGUAUUUUUCUUUCCUUUGAUUUUCUGGUUUAAGAGCCCCUGAAACAUGAGAGGAUGCACUUUGGAAAUUGGGGUAUUCUUGGAACCUUUGUUUAGUAUUUUUUUUGUUCUUUUGAAAAUUUUUCUGGAUGAGAGCCUUGAACCUGAAGACAUUAGAACCUCCAGAGUUCAAUACUGGCUUUUUACUGCCAUGGCGGGUCCAGUUGUUGUUUCCGUUGGAUUACCUUUGCAGAUGUUACUGGUACUGUAGUUUUUAAUUAAAUAAAUGGUUUAGGGAUAAUUUACCUUGUUA